AUGUCUGACGUUGAAGAAGUCGAAGUUCAGGAAGUUGCCGUUGAGGCCGUUGGCCAGGGCGAAAUCUCCAUUGAGGAUGCUCUCCAGGGUGCUCUCCGCAUUGCUCUUGCCCACAACGGUCUUGCCCGUGGUUUGAGAUCUGCCUCCAAGGCUCUCUCUACCCGCCAGGCUGUUCUUGCCGUCCUCUGCGACUCUGUCACUGAGGAGUCUUACGUCAAGCUUGUUGAGGCCCUUUGCAACGAGCCCGAGAACAAGAUCCCUCUCAUCAAGGUUUCUGAUGCUAAGCAGCUCGGUGAGUGGGUUGGUCUUGCUCAGCUUGACCGUGACGGCAACCCCAGAAAGGUUGUUGGCUGCGGUGUCGCUGUUAUCACCAACUGGGGCAAGGACUCUCCCGAGAGACAGGUUCUCCUUGAGCACUUCAAGUCUCUUUAA